UACCAGAAUGGAAUGUCCGGUCCCCAGUGCCUUUAAAUACCCAUCUAGCCUCCUUUCCGAGCAUCUUUAUCUUAUGCUCCUUUGUUUUAGGGCAACACUGGUGUUUUUUAGGCCAAACUCCUCUUUCUACCCACUAUUCCUCUUUACCUCUGUUAAAAAAAUCGAAGAAAAACAAAAUGUCCAAAGACAGUAGCUGCCCACCACCUAUAACACCACCACCACCAAAGGCCACCCCAGUCCAAACCCAGCCAUCCCAAAUCCUGAGCAUAACGCCACAGGCAACGUACGAGAAGGUGAUAUCAGAUGGAAGGGUGUUCGUGGAAACCCUUCAGAAGCUCCAUAGAUCGGCCGGAACCAAGUUUAUGGUGCCUACAAUGGGAGGAAGGCCCCUCGAUCUUCAUCGUCUUUUUGCAGAAGUUACUUCCCGAGGUGGACUGGAAAUUGUCAUAAGAGAUCGCAAAUGGAGGGAUGUAGUAGCCGCCUUCAAUUUUCCUUCAACAAUCACAAAUGCAUCAUUUGUAUUACGCAAGUACUAUAUGUCCUUGCUUCGUAGCUAUGAACAAGUCUAUUAUUUUGGAAAUAAAGGUUCUUCUGACUCUGUAUCUGCUGGCAAACCUGUUAAUCAGUCAGAACCACUGCACCCUCAGGCAGGCAUGAUAAUAGCUUCACCAGAUGCUAAUCCUGUUACUGGAUCGGAGGCAUCUCAGCAACAAGUUUCCACAACAUCAACCGAGGAUAGCAGCAUCAAAGACCAGCUACUGACAGAAAUUCCCCCCUUACGAAAAGGCACUCGGAUAACUGGCAACAUUUAUGGGAAAUUUGAAUAUGGAUAUCUAGUGACUGCAAAUUUUGGUUCUUACACCAUGAAAGGUGUUGUGUAUCAUUCUCCUCCUGUGCCAUGUACAAUCCAAAGUUCAUCAAGUUACCAUGGUCGGAGGUCUCGAAAGGCACCUUCUCGUCCCAGAUCCAACCUGAGUGGCUAUGACUUCUUUGCUGCUGAGAAUUAUGCAAUACUGAAGCCUGUGUAUCCUGGGAAAGAAAAGGCUAUCAGCAGGCAUAUACGAUAUCUCUGGAGCAGACUCACUAAGGCUGAAAAGGAGGUUUAUCAGGAGAGAGCAAUGAGGGCGUAAAGUUACUGGAAUGAGAUGCUGCAAUACAAUAAAAACUUCUAGCAUGUCUGAGAUGAAUUAGGUCCUCAGUUCUGCAUAGAUAUAGAUGUGCAUUUGGAUUCUGAUGCUUCAUGGAAAGCGAAGUCCGGCAUGAGAAUAGAUUUAGACUUUGAGAACUUAUCCAUACAUAAGAUGUUGCUCUUAAGACAUUAUUGAAGUAGACCCAUGGAAAUUUCAAACUUCUA